AUGUCGCUCUCUAGUCCCAAGUCCGCACCCGAAUCCCGGCCAUGCCCGUCGUGCCAUCAUCCACCAAGUCGCGGCAGACCGACUGCGGCUCUUUCGAGCCUUGACAGUCUGCUUAAAGGUGCUGAAUCUGGCUGUCUUUCUUGCUCAGUCUUAAGUGCUGGCAUCAAGAGUGUCAUUGGCGAUGAUGUAUCCCCGGAUACUCGGUCUCAAGACUCUGGCGAGUGGUUCCGCAUGGACAUGGGCAUGGGGGUUUCGGGCCAGAGUCUCAACUUAACCCUCUUCAAACGCGAGCUGGAAAUAUCCGUAUUUGCUCCACCACAAUCUAAAACCCCUGAAUUUGAAUGCUUAUUUCCAACUAUUCCAGUCGGAGAUUUAAACCUCCCCAACAGGACAGACUCUGAAGCUAGCCUCGAAUGGGUGUUAGAGAAGCUCAGACACUGUGACAACAGCCACGAAUGCCGCCAGAAGAACUCUGAUUCAAAGGGGGCACGGCCACAACGAAUUCUCUAUAUUGGCUCUACGAACAACGAUUACGUCCGACUGAAAGCAUUUGACACUGAUGAUGUCGCGAUACCCAAAUAUGCUUGUUUAAGCCACUGCUGGGGCGCGUCAAAACCUUCGAGUACCACGACAGCCAAUCUUGCUUCACACGAACAAGGAAUCCCCCGGAGUACACUACCUCCCUUGUUUCAAGAUACGAUAAAAUACGUGCGGAGAUUAGGCAUCUCUCUGUUGUGGAUUGAUAGCCUUUGCAUUAUCCAAGAUGAUAAAGAAGACUGGAGAAAGGAGGCCGCUAAGAUGGCAUCAGUCUACCAAAACGCAUAUCUAGUAAUCUCCGCAUCCAAGUCUUCUGGUUCUGGAGAUAGCUUAUUUGGUGAGGUCGACGAACAGCUGAAACCCAGCAUCAUUCCUGUCCCAUCUCUAGGUCAAGGAUCCGCUGUAUGCUUUCGCAAGUCAUUGACUCAUAUGCCUGGGUAUAUGGAUCAAAAAUUCGCUAAGCCGUCUCCUCUUCCAACAUUCAACCGUGGAUGGAUAUUCCAGGAGCGUCUUUUGUCUUCUAGAAUACUUCAUUUUGGACCACAAGAGCUCUCGUGGGAAUGUCUACAGGAAUCUGCCUGCCAGUGCACGGGACAUUAUGCUCCCUCGGCCACCGUUGACCCUGUUGAUAUGGCCUGGCAUAUGAUAGUGGAAGACUAUACGAGACUUCAUCUUACUUUCGAAACUGAUGUUUUCCCAGCGAUAUCUGGUAUUGCUAAAAGGUUCCAAUCUUCGUUAGGAUCCGAGUACGUUGCUGGCUUGUGGACAAAAUCUCUGAUUGACGACCUUGCGUGGCAUAAAGAAAACACGACCGGUGACUCCACAAAGCAAAUCGAAUGGCAGCAACGUCCUAAGGCAUGGCGAGCUCCGACGUGGUCAUGGGGAGCAGUACGAGGUCACGUUGAAUUCCUCGAUAUAGGAACCGGUACGAGCGCUUUAUGUAAAGUUGAAGAGGUGAAAUGCUCUACUUACCAGUCGGAUCCAACUGGUGAACUUAAGAAUGGCCAUCUACUACUGCGUGGCUAUCUCAUACCAACAUCGAUUCAGUAUAAAGCAUCUGUAAAGCCAAACGAAAGGAAGCCAUUUGACUUAUUCGAACUCGACAUUAUGCAAGGUCAGGUGGGCAAUGUGUGGGCAGACUACGACUCGUCAACACCAGGAGAUGCCUACAUUGCUCCUGGUACAACUGUGAAAUGUUUCGUACUUUCCACUAGGCUUGACUCGGGAUCAUUGGUUCUUCUUAUACUGAAGGAAGCCGGAUAUGAUGAAACGAGAUGCUGCGCGGUAUGGCAGCGGCUGGGGCUGGUCCAACUGUCAAGGCCACCCACCGUCCUCGCAGAAGCGAAAGAUUACUGGUUCGACGUGUUCAAAGGACGAUUAAGUGACGAAACAUUAGUGAAGAUUAUAUAG